GAAAAUAGAAAUGAAUAAGAACAAAUCAUUAGAAUUCGAUGAAGAAGCAGGACUUAGGAGCUCAAGUGUGGAUAACUGCAACCCUCAUGCUCCAGGAUUAGAGACAGUCAAGACUGUAAGAGAUCAUACACCAAGUUUCCAGAAAACGAAGAGAGAUGAUUCGAGGUUCUGGUAUGGAAACUCUCUUGCUUUCUGUAAAUAACAAAUAUGGGAAUCCUUGGAUUACUAUUGGGCCUGAUUAUCCUUACUGUAUCUGCCUUCUCGUGUGAGUUGGAGCUGUUAGCUUUGUUCAACUUUUAUUACUCUAUAAUUUUCAGACUUCCAAAUGGCCUUUGAAAUUGAUUGGAUACCUGAUUCUUUUUAUCUGUGAUAGUUCGCUGCUAGGAACGAUGCUCUGAAAUCCUGGACAUCCAAAUCAAAAGCCUGGCCUUCCUACUGAUAGAAGGAUAUGUAAGAUUUGCAAUAUUCCAAGAAGGGACAAAUUAAGUUAUCAUUGAGACGACUGAGAUAAGUGAUGUGAUGGAUAUGACCACCACUGUCCCUUCAUGGGUAAAUGUAUCGGAAAAGGAAAUAUAAUUCAAUUUUACACGUUCAUCUUUACAUUCAUGCUCUUGAUGGUAUCAAUCUUCGUCUUAAUCGGACUUACUCUGGAGAGGUUGGAACCUCACAAAAGAGGUAAAGGCAAAUUGUUGUAGGAGUAAAUUAAGAAAGUCAGAAAUAUAA